UGAAGUUCGGUAAAUUUGUGUUUUAACUAUUGACAAAUUAUGUCUUCAAAAUGGAAGCCAAAGUUUUGGAAACCAGGAUCAGACGGGCCUGAAUCGAGUAUCAACGAAGAACGCGCCAACGAUGACAAUUCUGUAUCCGUGGUUUAUAACCCUCACGCAUCGUUAUCCAUUGCUCUGCAACGACAGCGUCUCCCUAUAUUUAAACACAGAACAAAUAUUUUAUAUCUUUUGGAAAAGUAUGAAACAGUAAUUAUUGUUGGCGAAACUGGAUGUGGCAAGUCAACACAGAUUCCACAGUAUUUACUAGAAAGUGGUUGGACGGAAAAUGGAAAAAAGAUUGGCAUAACRCAGCCUAGAAGAGUUGCAGCAGUAACUGUGGCAAUGAGRGUUGCAGAUGAGAAAGGUUGUUUGGUUGGCCAAGAUGUUGGUUAUGCUGUYAGGUUUGACAAUUGUUGUGAUUCACAGCUGACUAAGAUCAAGUUUAUGACAGAUGGUAUUUUAUUGAGAGAGAUUAUGGGUGACCCCCUUCUAACAAAAUACAGUGUCAUCAUGAUCGAUGAAGCCCAUGAAAGGACGCUUUAUACAGACAUUAUCCUUGGUCUAUUGAAAAAGAUUAAGAAAAAACGAAGUGAUUUAAAAGUGAUUGUUUCAUCGGCAACACUUGAUGCUGAGAUGUUCAAAGAUUUUUUCAACACCAACGUAACUGAUGAUUCAAGCAAAGACACAGUGGCCAUUUUGUCAGUGGAAGGAAGAUCAUUUCCUGUAGAUGUACAUUAUACACUAAGCCCAGUAGCAGAUUAUGUCAAGAGUACUGUUGAUACUGUAAUGGGAAUUCAUCUACAAGAAGGACGCGGUGACAUCUUGGCCUUUCUUACAGGACAAGAUGAAGUUGAAUCAACAGUGGAUAAAUUAAGAGAUAGAGCCAGAGCAAUGCCAAAGGGUUCUCAAUAUUUGAAGAUCCUUCCAAUGUAUAGUGGACUUCCCCAUUCUGAACAGAUGCUGGUUUUCCAGAGAACUCCAAACAAUACCAGAAAGGUUGUGGUAGCAACUAACAUUGCAGAAGCAUCAUUAACCAUAGAUGGCAUUGCUUUCGUUAUUGACUGUGGGUUUGUCAAGAUCAAGGCAUAUUCACCAAAAACAGGAAUAGAAAGUCUAGUUGUUACUGAAGUAGCACAAGCUUCUGCUGAACAGAGGACUGGAAGAGCUGGAAGAGUUAGAGCAGGGAAAGCUUACAGACUUUACACAGAAGAAGCUUAUAACAAGCUCAAACCAGGAUCAGUUCCAGAGAUGCAAAGAAGUGAUUUGGCUCCAGUUUUACUUCAACUCAAGAGCAUGGGCAUUGAUAAUGUUUUGAGAUUUGACUUUCCCUCGAGACCACCYRCACAGUCAAUGAUCCGAGGACURGAGUUAUUGUACGCACUUGAUGCUAUUGAUGACAGUGGGAAACUUGUKGAACCCUUGGGUGUUAGUAUGGCAGAAUUUCCUUUGGAUCCUAUGAUUGCAAAAAUGUUACUUGUUUCAGGUACAACUACAGUUAUUAUCAUUACAACUGAGUCUCUAGUAAGCGGAAUGGAAAAAAUUGUCUGUUACUUUUUUAAUAAUUCUCUGUAGGAAAGGGCUCGGAGAAAGUUUUGUGUYUACGAAGGCGAUCAUUUGACAUAUUUCAACGUUUACCAGGCUUUUAUCAAGCACAAGCAGAGCUCUCGUUGGUGUCAGGAAAAUUUUCUAAAUUAUAAAGGUCUUAAACACGCUGUUAAAAUUAGAGAGCAGUUGAAGAAGCUAUUGCAACAUUUUCAUAUACCCUUAAAAUCCUGUGAUGGUGAUGUUGAUCAAGUAUGUCGGUGUAUUGUAGCUGGUUUCUUUGCUAAUGCUGCGCGCUUAGACGCUUCUGGGACGUACAGGACUGUUCGAGACAAUCAUCCAUUGUACAUCCAUCCUAAUUCAGUUCUCUAUGCGGAGCAACAACCCGAAUGGGUGAUAUAUCACGAAAUUCUGCAGACUUCUAAGUAUUACAUGAGAGAUGUAACUAAGAUUGAACCAUCAUGGCUUUACGAACUAGCACCACAUUACUACGAGUACGGCACAGAAAGAGAAGUUGCUGCAAAACGAGCCAAGCUGGAAUAAGAACGAACAAACUGGCACGAAACACACAAGACUAAAUUCAGACAUCUUUAUCGUUUUAAAUUAUUUUAUUAAAUUUGAAAAUAAUAGUA